UAUUUCCAGUGUAGGGUGUAAACAAUCUGUAUUUUUUGCACAAAAGAACAACAAAACAUUUGCGACAGGGCAUCGCCAAUAAGUAGUAUUAACGAAGUGAUUUUGUUUAUUAUAAACAUUUAAAUAUGCAAUACUGACCGAUACAAUGUCGAUAUUCAAUCUGGAUAAAUUUCCGGCAGUUUGCCGAGUUUGCAUGAAACCAGAGAGCAGCAGUAUUAUGCUACCUGUAGAUGGGAGUUUUCGUAAUCUUAAGAAAAACAUUUGUGGUGUAUUAACUGAUAUUACCUAUCAUAUUCCCAAGAACAAGUCUGACUGUCUGCCGCAAUCGAUCUGUGAAGUUUGCUGCGAAGAGUUGGAGCGAUUUGUGGCCUACCGAAGCAGACUGAUGUUAACUCUUCGCUUUAUGGAAGCUUUGCUGGACCUUCGAGACUCAAACCCGCAACCUUUGUCAAAUCUGUUCGAAACGAGCAAAGCAGAACUGAACGACUUUUUCAAAAACCUUGAUCUCUGCAAUAAGGAGGACCCUGGGUUUGAGGAUCUGUUGAAGGAGUUUUCGUCAUACGACACGGUAGUGGAAAAACAACCGAUUGUUAAAGUGGAAUUUUUAGAGUCAGCGAUAGAUUUGCUAGACGAAUCACAAUUGAAAGACGAUGAGAAAUCUGAUAGUGGCUCUGAUAAUUUAGAUUUUAAGGACAAUGCUGAUUAUGAAAACAAUCUUAAGAGUGAUGAUGAUUGGGAGUCGAAUGAGGAAACGCUUUGCGGCAAAUCGCCAGCGAGAUACGAAUCUAAAAAGAGGUCACUACGCAAAAAGAAGCAGAGUAACUCUACGGCAAAGAAAAAGAAAAAAGAAAUCUUAACAAGCAGCGAAAGUGGAAACGACAUGGGCAAAAAGAAACGAGGUAGACCCAGAAUCCAUCCAGAAGGGACAUAUCUCAAGGAACCCUGGUCUUGUGAAAAGUGUAAAUUCAGAACAAAGUAUCGAAUGGCGGUAGAACGGCACAAAGCGGUCCACUUGAAGCGCGAGAAUCGAACCUACACCUGCACGGAAUGUGGGGAAGUCUUUAAAACCUACGACGAAAUGAGAAGCCACAGCAUGAAUCAUCCUGAAAACCAGGUGGUAUGUGAGGUGUGUGGAACGGCGCUGAAAAAUGCCUAUUCACUCAAAGCUCACAUGGAGCGCCACGAGGAUAGCAGGAAAUACUGCUGCGAGUACUGUGAUUAUGCGUCUAAUACAAAGCUCGCGCUUAAGGCACAUAUGAGCAUUCACACCAAGAACGGCUGGAACAAGCGCUGUGAUGUCUGUGGGGUUGUUUUUCGAACGACAAGUCGUUUGAAGCGCCACAUGGAAAGUCAUGACAAUGAACGGAAGUAUGCUUGUGAACAGUGUCCGGUGCGAUUCAACACGACUAACGCGUUGAGAAAUCACUAUAUUCGAGUUCACCUAGCAAUACGCCAUGCUUGCGAUUAUUGCGAGAAAACUUUCGACCAGAAAAUCGCUUUGAGGGAUCAUAUUGAGCGAAUACAUCAUAUACAAUGCACUUUUAUUUGUGACAUAUGUGUUAUCACGUACGACAGCAAGCAAAAACUGGAUGCUCACAAGAGUCGUCACAGUAAUCCCAAACCAAUGGAAUGUAGUGUCUGUCUUACUUUGCACCUGAAUCAAGACGAUUUCAAUAAGCACCUGUGCAUAACAUAUCGGCAGGAUUACCAAUGCUGUAACAAGGAUCUGCGCAACUACAUCCAAUACAAUAAGCAUAUGAUGGUGAAACAUGGUCUGCGAACAAAUGCGCGGGUAAAGCCAAUCCCGGGCGUACUGUUGGGUGAGCUCAGAGCGGCCCGGAAGCGACUGGAGCAGUGUCGCAAAUGCGACAUCGCUUUUCCAUCCAGGGCGCUUAAGUUGCAACAUAUGGCCGUUUGCAGUCAGCAAAAUCAACCACAAGCUUCCGCCGAUGCGACUACCACUGGCGGGACUGGUAGCUUGAGCUUUUAGGAAUAAUGCAUGCCUGUACUUCAAUGGCAUGAACGAAAUGUUUCAGCAUGUGAAAUAUAACUAAAUAUAGCCAUAUAAUUUACAAAUAGGAAAAUGCUUUCAGUUUAAUAAUUUCAUAACUACUGUGCUUCCUACCCAUUUCAACAGUAAUUGUUA